AUUCACGAGUACGGACCUGGCGUCACGACACGAUAAUACUAAUGAGUUUCUGGAAAGGAUACCAAGGGCGACGUGCAUAUGAGGACCUGUUGGAAGGCAAUCCUGAUGGAGAAACACUGAAAGGAAAACUUCUAGAAAUUAUAGAGCCACAUGGCUUCAAAUGGAGAGUUUUCAUCGUAGCAGGAUCAGGUUUCUUGGCUGAUGCCUAUGCGAUCUUUUCUCCCAACGUUAUCUCACCUGCACUUGCGUACAUCUACUGGAAUCAGGAUACCCUAGGAACGAAGGGUAUGAUUAUCAAUGUUGUAACACUACUUGGCUCUUGCAUCGGCAUGGUCUUUUUCGGGUUCCUAGCAGACUAUUUCGGCAGAAAACGACUGUACGGGGUGGAGUUGGUCAUUGGAAUCAUCGCUACCUUGGGACUGACACAAGUCUCGGCCGGCUAUAACCAAGCGUCCAUGAAUGCCUUUGCUUGGAUCGUCUGGUGGCGUCUAGUGCUCGGAAUAGCCAUAGGAGCAGAGUAUCCCCUUUCAGCCUUGAUUGCAGCGGAAUGGUCGGCGACAUCUACUCGAGGAACUAUGCUUGCUGCUGUUUUCAUGAUGCAACCUUUUGGACAGUUUCUUGCAUAUAUUGUAGGCCUUGCAGCAUUACAAGGGAUUACAAAGAGUAGGAUUCCAGAUCCAACUGCCAUUGUAAGUCAAUUCGAUGCUGUAUGGAGAUGUAUAAUAGGAGUUGGAGGCUUCCCAGCAUUAUUAGCCAUCGUUCUGCGCUGGACAAUCCCUGAGACUCCCCGUUACCUGAUCGAUAUUACCCAGAAAGCAGACAUACGUGCAAAUGAAACACGAAUUCCUCCUGACCAAGAGUUAGAUCGGCGAGCAACUCAAAUUGACAUGAAAUUCGACAAACCCGGCUUUUGGGAUGACUGGCACACCGACUACAAGAAAGGGCAGGGCUUUCGACGUAUGCUAGCUGGAACAGCUAUCUGUUGGUUCCUUAUGGACGUUUGCUUCUAUGGGCUUGGCCUCGACACUCCCAGGACUCUGGCAAAGAUAUGGGGUGCUUCAAGUUCGGAUGUCACCCCAGACGACAACAUUUAUGACGCUCUGCAUGGAGAUGUCACACGAGCCUUGUUGACAAUUCCUCUCAGCUCGAUUCCCGGAAGUGUGGUGUUUCUCUUGCUUGUCAACUACAUCCCCCGAGUCACAGUUUUAAGAUGGACAUUUGUUGCCCUUGCAAUCUUAUUCGUCAUCACGGGUUCUAGCCUGACCGCUGUAUACGAAACGAACAACCACACUGUGACAAUCGUCUUCUAUGCUUUCGCCCUCUUCAUCCUCAAUGCCGGACCUAACACGAUCCUGUUCAUGCUGCCAAGUGAGUUGUUCCCUACAAAGUACCGCGGGACUUGCUACGGGAUCGCUGCUGCUUCUGGCAAAGCUGGUGCGAUCAUCAUUCAGCUCAUUGUUCAUUUCCAGAACAUCACGAGACCAGAUUCUGGAAAAAUGCAGCUUGCGAUAAUGCUGAUGUGCUUUACUCCUCUGAUGUUGAUUGGUGCUUUUGUGGCUUGGGUUUGGAUACCUGAGGUGCAACAUCCUCGAGAUCCGAAGCAUGUCGACAAGCAGCAAAAAGGAAAACUCAAGUAUAGAGAGCGGAUGGUGAUGCCUUCUAGGUCCCUUGAGGAAAUUACAGCAAAUCCAACGGAGGAUCACACAUUCGGUUUGCGAUAUCAUCUUAGUGAGUUGUUUGGAGGUGGGUCGAAAGCAGAGGGCUCGGCUGUAUAAGCCGGUGACUGAGAAUUUGUUUUCUUCAACUGGAUCUCUGUAUUCCUUCAUCAACCAUCCAGACAAUACUUGUAGUGGUAAUAUUGGUAUAUCAUGUGAGAAGUAUUCCAUGGGCUUAAUCAGAGACAAAAUUUUUGAUAUUAAGUCCUAUUUGGUAAAUCUUUCAGCACUUUGGGAG